GGCUUAAUUUGAGGCUCUGAGGUUUUUAUUUAAUAACAAUAUUAUAGUCAGUGUGAAGAUAAAGAGCUUUUUGCAGUUUGCACACAUUAUGAGCAGCUUUUGUGCAGAAUUCCUGAGUCGUCUUGGUUCUGUGAGGAUGACGCUUUUAUUCUGAAGGAUCUGUGCAGGAAGUGGUGCUGUUGUUACAUCAGUACCAAGUAGGAUUGGCUCCAUCUCCGUUAUUAGAGACGUUGUGAUGUUAAAGUGAUGCUUUAUCUUUAGGAGACAUCGACAGCGAUGGAACUUCUUCCUCUUCUGUGUCUCUGCCUCCUGACUCGCUCUGGAAUCACGUCUGAUCAACAAAACAGACCAACAGUCAUCACAGUGGAAGGAGGGGCUGAUGCUGUGUUACCCUGCUCUCUCAGCACCAAGGAGAACAUUGAGUUUAAACUGUUUGUCUGGAGGAAAGUUGCUCAGAAAGAUGAAGGUCUGAAGGAGGUGUUCCUGUAUAACGGAGGCAUUCAUUACAACAACGGUCGAGAUGGUCAGAGUGAAGAGUUCAAAGGUCGAGUCUCUCAUUUUCCAGAAGAACUGGAACACGGCAACGCCUCCAUAAUCAUCAGAAAUACAAAGAUAUCUGACAGUGGAGAAUACACCUGUCAAUUUCCUUGUCUUCAGCCACCCCAAAUAUUCCACAUUAAGCUUGUUGUUGAUCCUGUCUUAAAAGACAGAAGAAGGGAAAACAGCCCAGGGUCUCCCAAUGUUGGAGCGGUUGUAGCAUUGAUUUUUUUAUUUACUGCAUGGAUUGGAAUCAUUGUUGCUUCAGCAGUUUUUGUUGUUGAUGUUAUUCUUCAAGUUAGGCGUCUAGACAAUAAAGAAGGAUCACAAGACCCAGGAAACCCACCUAGGGAACAGCUUGAAAAGCUCAACCAGAUGACCGUAAAGGCCUGAUGACAAUGAUCACAGAUAAAUCUGCAUGGAGGGAACUUCUCCAAUUUCCGCGUCUUCGUGGACUCCUCGUCUGACAAUUUCUUCUGUACUGAGGUCGCUGUGAGGUCUCACGCAGUCAGCAAGGAAAUGACUUUACUUUCAGUUUCAUAAAUAGGACCUAUAAGUUUAAUUAAAUAAGUAAGAGUGAAAACCACCCCACCUGCAGAAGUGACUCCAAUGUUAGUAAAGUAACUUGUAGUUUGACCAUGAAGUGACCAAAACAUUAUUACCACAGAAUCUGAAAUCAAAA